UCACAGGUCAGUGAGUAACAGUAAGAUUCAUCGUGAUGCUGUCUCGAGCUGCUGCGGUGAUUGUGCUGUGUCUGGGGUUUGUGGCUACUGCUCCAGGGCCCAAGGAUGACAGUUUGAACCACUACCUGGAUCUCAUGCUCGACAACUUGGAGGUCCUCAUCAUAGAGAACGGUCUUGACCCUACGCCUCUCCCUAACGGCACAGUGGGCUUCAGCGAUGUGGUGUUGGGGGUGACGUGGCAGGGGGAGGCGGCGGUGUAUGACGGCAGUCUUCGAGGCCUCUCCUCCAUCUACCGCACGGGAGACGCAGAGUUCCUCCACGACGGCAAUGGUUUUAUAAACGGCAUCUCUGCCAAUCUGGGCCUCGGUGACAUGGAGGCUCACUACACGCUUCUGGCGGAGUUCAUGGACCUGGGACCUGUUGCAGAUGUCGUGGUUGAUAUUAACGGAGCCUCCAUAUACUUUGAGGCUUCCCUUGAUCGGACAACGUGUCAUUUUCACGUCUCUAUUAUGGAAGUCACCGACAUCGGGCACAUCAGCGUCAACAUAACCGGACUGGGACUUCUCGACUGGAUUGUAGAAAUCGUGGUCGACCUGGUGGUGAACAUCAUAAAGGGUUUCAUCAAAGACACAGUAGAGGGAGUCAUUCUGAACCUCACCAACCAAGUCCUGGACGGCCUUGACCUCGGCGUCCUCGGCCCUCUCAUCGGCUGUGAUGCAGUAGCUCAUCCCUUCAUCCAGCCCCGGCUUGUGCACGCUAAGUAAGAUGCUUUGGGCGGCCCCUAGGACAGGAGGAUGGCUGGGGGAGUCACACUUACUGAUCUUCCAGCUGUAAAACGAUGGUUCAAUGAAGUAAAGUGAAGCAGUAAAGUUACAUAAAUAA